GUUUACAGCGAAAGAAGUAAGUGGAAUUUCCUUCGUUCACGUGGAGGACGUAAACGUAGCUUAGGUCACGUGACGGAAACCAGGAAGUCAGUGUCUGUCAACAAUAAAACGAUGUACAAGUCAGAGAUGAUCUCUUCAGAUUGGCACCUGUCGUUAAAGCUGGUGGAUCAGGCCAAAUCCACCUUCCACUUUCCAGAGAUGAUGCCCGGUGAUGUCCCACCAGGAGGAUACAGAGUGGCCACAUUAAAGCAGCUCGUAGCAGCUCAGCUUCCAGACUCAGUUCCAGAUCCUGAGCUAAUAGAGCUGGUUCACUGUGGGCGAAAGCUGAAGGAUGACCUGACACUGGAUGCCUGUGGAGUUCAGCCAGGUUCCACCUUACACGUUCUUAAGAAGACGUGGCCUGAGCCAGAGGGUAAUCCAGAGCCUGUAAACAGAGCGACAGCAGCCAGAGAGUUCAGGGUGUUUCAUGCUGCACUUCAUUCACUCAACUCUGCAUACAGAGACUCGGUUUAUAAAAUGCUGACAAAUAAAGAGUCUCUGGAUCAGAUCAUCGUAGCCACUCCUGGACUCAGGUCAGACCCAGUUGCUCUAGGAGUGCUUCAAGAUAAGGAUCUCUUUGUGCAGUUCACAGAUCCCAACAUGCUGGACGUAUUAAUCAGUUCACAUCCGGCCCUGGUCAACGCCAUCAUCCUGGUCCUGCACUCAGUGGCAGGCAGUAUGCCCGCCCAGUCCAGUGCCAGCUCCUCCCGUAAUGUUUCUGCCAGUUCAUACAGCGAUAUGCCAGGAGGUUUCAUGUUUGAAGGCAUGUCAGAUGAUGAGGAAGACUUCCAGUCUGGGAGUCCAGCAGGGCCCUCCAGCCGGGGCGGGCUCCCAGCAGGAAUGCGACCCAUCUCUCUGGGCCACAGUGGAGCGACAGGACCUCGGCCUAUAACGCAAAGUGAGCUUGCGACAGCUCUGGCCCUGGCCAGCACACCCGACAGCAGCGCUGUUACUCCAACAACUGCAAGUCAGAUGGACCCCUCCAGUGGCGCAGUUCCAAUGCCAGCUGGCACACCAGUCAGUAAUGAUCUUUUCAGCCAGGCUCUACAGCAAGCUCUGCAGGCCACCAACAUGUCCGCUCUACAGGGCCGUUGGCAGUCCCAGCUGCAGCAGCUCAGGGACAUGGGGAUCCAGGAUGAGGAGCUGAUGCUGAGGGCGCUGCAGGCCACAGAUGGCGACAUCCAGGCUGCCCUCGAGCUCAUAUUUGCAGGAGGCCCAGGACUCUAAGCCCGUACCCCCACAGACAAAACCCACAGCAGAGGAGAGAGCAGGAAAACAUCUGGCUCACCUGACUGCCAAGAAAUGAUGAGGACAUUUAUGACUUACACUGCGUGGUUGUUGUUACUGUGGCACCAUUAGGUUUUAAUUAACAACCAGAGCAGUUCAAGUUGAGCUCUACGGGCCGUAUAAACUGAUGUUGCUGUUAGUUUGAUUGAUUAUUGCUACAAAUGUGAACAAUUUAUGAUAAACUGUUUAAAAGAAAACACCA